AUGGAAGAGCUUCUACGACAGUGGGACCUCUCUAAAUUGAUUGAAGUUUUCCAAGAUAACGAAAUCACCAUUGAAAUUCUGCCAAAAUUAACAGAUAGUUACAUCAAGGAAUUGAUUCCGAAUAUUGGAAUGCGUGUCAGAUUUAUGGAGAAUUUUAAAAAAUAUUUCGGAAACGCAGAACCUUCUUUUUAUCAGAAUAAUACUCUGGAUAAUAUUGAUAUAAGUUUUUCUGAUAUAUUAUCGGAGUCUAACAGUACAGCAUCAGUUUCGACGAACAUAUCUUCAGAAGUGUUAAUUCCGAUUGAGAAUAGAGAAAUAUCACUUCAUUCUCGGGAGCAGUUGGAUUCAUAUAGAAUAGUUUUUCCAGAGUUUGAUCUCAGAACAUUAUUAAUAACGUCUCCGUUAGGGAAUAGUGUCUUAACUUUUUAUGAUGCAAAUAAAAUUCUGGACAACACUAGGAGAAACAGAAUGGUUGAUAUUAUAAUGAAGCAUAUGUUCAAAUACCAUGUCACCCAUAGAUUGAAACAUGAAGAUUAUAAUAUAAUAACGGCCAAAAUCAUCACGCUAUUCCUAACAGAGGCCACUCAAACAUAUUAUAUACCGUCUGUCAAAAAGAAAGAUUCAUUUAACAGAAAUUCUAUUGCUGCGAGAGGCAAAUUGGUGGACAAGGCCAGGAAUCUCGUUCAUAGAAGUGGAGUCAGUACCCGGAAAAGGAAGAUAGGUUCUAGCAGUGAAGUUCCAGCCAAAAUCACAACAUUUACUGAAGAAGAUGUUGAAUCACAAAGAUUCCUCAGAACAAGGUCCGAACCAUGGGAAGAAAUAGUCCAACACUGGAAUAAGACUUUCCAUUUGAGAAGAAGUGAAAGUGAGCGAAGCCUUAGUUUGUUUUUGACAAAAUGGCCAAUACUUGAGGACCCAAGGGCAGACACAUUGAUUGAUUGCGACUUCGACAGACUGUUCCCUAAUCGAGGACUCCACUUCUUUGGAAACUGGCACAACUUUUUUGAUGGAGUGAUUGUAGCAAGAAAGGGCAGUAACAGAUAUGAUGAAAUAGAGGAGAUUCUCGAGGAAGAUGUCAAUGAGAAUUGCAAAUUAGCUGUUCACCUACUGAAUAUUGCAAAAUUGGUUCCUCCCAAGGGAAGGAAGUCUAUUGGAAAAGGAAAAUUCUGGAAAUUUACUGUUCAGGAAUGUACUGACUCCAUUAUAUGCCAUGCCAAGAAUCCAAGUGAUAUACCAGAAAUAGUGGAAGUUCAAAAAAAGAGUGCUUUGGCCAAGUCGGUAAUGGUACAACCGUACCUCAUAGUAGAGGGUCAUGACGUGCGAGACAUCAAGAAUAUAUAUAUUGUGAUAGACUCUGUCAGAUAUCACUUUGCUUCACUCACUAAGGCCUUUGAUGUUUGUUUCAAAGCUUUCCAUGUGUUCAAUGCUGAAUACCCACCUCAGUCUGAGCAUAUUUGGCAGCUCAUUGCUCAUAUAAUUUAUAAAUUACCUUUGGAAAAAACGACGUCAUAUAUAAUGGAUAUAGUGGCACAUUUUCAAUCUGAGAAUAGAUAAGGCUCAUAUUCAUUGGUGAGUAGGUACAUGACUUUAUGAAUAUAAUCACAAUGAAUUGCUCGUGUAAUGAAACCUUCACAGACAUUGAACAACUUAUUUAUCAUCUAGAAUAUAUUCAUAAUUGUUCUUCCUAUGUAUGUCCAUUCGAAUUUUGUCGGAGUUCUUUCGACAAAAGGCAUUCCUUCAGGCAACAUUUGAUGAAAG